AAUUCUGUAGAUGGCAAACAACAACAACACAAACAACCUCGCCCUGCGUUCCAUUCUGGAUAAAGAUAAAUUGAAUGGAACAAAGUUUGUUGACUAGCAACGCAAUCUCUCCAUUGUUCUCCGCAUGGAUGAGAAAGAGUAUGUGCUCGAAAAGCCCAUUCCUCCUGCCCCUCCCGCUAACGCCCCAAAAGCGGUUAAAGAUGCCUACGAGAAACACGUUAAGGAUGAUAACCAGGUUAGCUGUGUCAUGCUGGCAACCAUGAUAACCGAGCUACAAAAACAACACGAGGACAUGAAGGCCCACGAGAUGAUCGUGGCCUUACGGCAGCUAUACCAGGGGCAAUCCAGGCAUGAACAUUUUCUUGUGAGUAAGGCUCUCUUUAGUUGCAAGCUCUCUUCAGGGAACUCGGUCGGUCCACACUCGCUCCCUGAGCUGUAUAAGGGUUUUGUCAUGAACUACAUGAUGCAUGAUCUUGACAAACCCCUUCCGGAGCUUCUUAAAAUUCUCCAGACUGCAGAGGAGAACCUUACUAAGGGCAAGGGUGCUUCCGUCCUUAUGGUCCAAGGCGGAAAGGGGAAGCCGAAGAAAGGGAUUAAGAUUAAGGCUAGGACGGUCGGAAAGCCUAAAUCAAAGUCCACUUCAUCUGCAACCCAGAAACCCGUAGGAGGAGUUGCAAAGGGCAAAUGUCAUCACUGUGGUAAGGCAGGCCACUGGAGAAGAAACUGCAAGACAUACCUCGCAACCAAGAAGAAGGAAGGUACGACCAUUUCUUCUGAGGUGUAUGUUAUAGAAGUUAACAUGCCUAUAUCUUCAUCAUGGGUACUAGAUACUGGAUGUGGGUCACAUAUCUGUACUACCAUGCAGAGACUGAAGUGGAGUAGACGAUUAGCUCGAGGCGAGAUUGAACUCCGAGUCGGCAAUGGUGCACCUGUUGCAGCUUUGGCAAUCGGAACUUAUAGUUUAGUCUUGCCUAGUGGUCUAAUGUUGGAAUUAAACGGUUGCUUAAAGAAUGUUUUCUAUGCUAAUGCCAACAUGACCAAUGGGUUAUAUGUCCUUGACAUGGACAUGCAUGUCUAUAACAUAUCAGCCAAGAGGAACAAACCGAACGGUUUGAACCAAACAUACCUAUGGCAUUGUAGAUUUGGGGGCUGUGAGGCUUAUGUCAAACGUCUUAUGACGAAUGGCAAGCUUGACGCCAAGUCUGAUAAGUGUUUCUUCGUGGGAUACCCAAAGGAAACUCGAGGGUAUUCAUUCUAUCACCCUAUCUAUAAGAAGGUAUUCGUUGCUCGCAAUGGUGUCUUCCUCAAGAAGGAAUUUCUCUCCAACGCAACUAGUGGGAGAAAGAUAGAGCUCAAAGAAAUUCGAGACGACGAAGAAACUACCGCGCCGGUUCAGGAACAUGAGCUAGAGAAACAAACUAUUGUACCUCAAAAUGCUCAAUAUACACAAGAACCCCGUAGGUCUAACCGGUUACGCACACAACCUGAAAGGUAUGGAUUCCUCCUAACCUUUGAGGGUGACGUAAUGCUUAUCGACCAGGAUGAGCCGGAGACCUACCUCGAGGUAAUCAGUUGUCCCGAGGCUGAGGAAUGGCGUCAAGCCAUGCAGUCCAAAAUGGAUUCCAUGUACACCAACCAAUUAUGCGUUGGGUAUGCCGCUAAGCAUAUUUAGAGAUGUGAAUAACAGAUAAAGGAUCUGUCCCUUC